AUACACGUUUGCGUAUUUGUUUCGGUGUAAUGCAGUUUGAUCAAUACUUAUAAUUGUGAAUAUGUAGUCGUCAGUUUUUGACAUUUAUAUUUUGAUACAGCGGAUUUUAAAAUAAAUUAUUAAAGAAAAUGCCACCCAAAGGAGGAAAGAAGAAAGGAGUUAUUAUCGAUGGGGUGGAUACUACGCAGAUGACCAGGGAGCAAAUAGAAGUGCUGGCCUUGAAGAUAAAAGAAGAAAAUGAAAGAGAACGGGAAGAAAGGAAUUUCUUUCAACUCGAAAGAGACAAACUGCGAACCUUCUGGGAAAUCACCAGGACUGAAUUGGAAGAAGCACGGGCACAAUUAAGGUAAGUUACCACAACGUAAGCACAACAAAAUGGAAAAAGAAAUUGUUGAGACCCUUGUUACCUUGCAUCCCUAUAAACAACACGCCUCAAAGGAAUUCUAUUUCAGUGUAUCAUAUAUAAAUUAUAAAUGCAAUUUGUAUGAACGUUUUGAAGUGGUGAAUAAAAUUAACCGAAUUCUGAUCAUGUAUGAGUUGGAGUCGUGUACCGGCACUGCAGUUU